AUGGGCUUAACCAUGGCUGAGCUUCAGGACGAGGCCAUGGCCCGUGGAAUCGAAAGACAGUUUCUCCCGUCAAACAAGAAAGAUCUUCUCGAGUUUCUGGUGGACGGUUCCAUUUAUCUUCGAAAGACAAAGACUUGGAUGGAUGUCGAGCGACUCAAGGGGAAGAUGGCCGCUGACUGCAGGCGAAUCGAAGAGCGAAAGUACAGCAAGGACGAAGCCAUUAACGAGAGCCGAGAGGAAGUCUCGACAACCAGGGAGGUUGCAAAGGCCUCCAUCAGAGACGAAAGAGCCUCCAUGCGAGAGAUCAAGACGGCCAUCCGAGAGGUCAGGCAACACCAUUACCGCAACAACACCAACAUAACCGAAGAAGGCUUGCCGGUAGAUAUCACUGGCAGGGUAGUCCCACCACCACCGGAUGCUGACGAACGGAAAUCAACUGCUACUAGUAUCGCAACGUCGGUUUACGACAACAAGACGCCCCCUUGUGAUAACACGGCAUCCAUGAGUCGGUCGACAACUGCCGAUGAUGAUACCGGGGUUGAAGACGUCUUCCCGCCCGUAGUCAACGAACGUCGUGCCGAUGACAAGUCGAUACAGAGGUCACAGUUUCAAACUCGCAAACCGAAGCAUCUCUUUCCACAGUACAGCACAAGACGAUACUGUCAUGGACAACUUCAUGAAGCUUUUUCCGCUUUGCACCAACAAUGUUUGCAGAACUGGAGGAGUUUCAACAUCAAGAGAGAAGGACGUGGGCAUCUCUCUGCUUAA